ACAAAGGACAAAAAGAUGAUACACACACAGACAGACAAAAAUUGUACUACAAUAAUGUAAUGGUUGACUACUCCAUCAAACAUAUGGCCUCGUGGUGAUCCACUGAUCCUUUUUAUUUAUUCUUUCUCUUCCUUCUUCUCAAUUAUUUUGAGCUUGAAAAAAAAUCAGGAUGGGCUGGAGAGGGAUAUUGGGUUUUGAGUAUGGAAUUGUCCAGGCGCCGUUGGGACCCGACAUCUCCGGCCCGGAGCUCGUCGCCGCCGUCGCGAAUUCCGGCGGACUCGGUCUCCUCAGAGCCCCUGAUUGGGAGGAUCCAGAUCGAGUGAGGGAAAUCAUAAGAAAGACAAGAACCUUAACGGACAAGCCAUUUGGGAUUGGAAUGGUUCUUGCCUUUCCUCACGAGGAGAACGUCAAGGCCAUUCUCGAUGAGAAGGUUGCCGUUUUACAGCUUUACUGGGGCGAGUGCCCGGAGGAACUGGUCUUUGCGGCUCAUAAAGCUGACGUCAAGGUUGUGCCUCAAGUGGGGAGCUAUGAAGAAGCAAAGAGAGCAUAUGAUGUUGGAGUCGAUGGCAUUAUCGUUCAAGGUCGAGAAGCGGGAGGGCACAUUAUUGGCCAGGAUGCCUUAAUGACGUUGGUGCCAAGAGUGGCGGAUCUAGUUCGCGGUCGUGGCAUUCCCAUUAUAGCUGCGGGAGGGAUAGUGGACGAGCGUGGCUAUGUCGCUGCUCUUGCACUUGGAGCUCAGGGUGUUGCACUCGGCACCAGGUUCCUUGCGACGGAGGAAAGCAAUGCCCACCCGAUAUACAAGAGAAAGCUGGUCGAACUUGGCGAGACCGAGUACACAAACGUGUUCGGUCGUGCUCGGUGGCCGGGGGCACCCCACCGCGUCCUAAAGACGCCGUUCUUCAUGCAAUGGCGGGACCUCCCUAGCCACGAGAAUGAAACGACCCAGCCAAUCAUUGGCCAUUCGACCAUCCACGGCAAGGAAAAGGAAAUUAGGCGUUUUGCCGGACCAGUCCCAAAUGGAAGUGCAAGGGGUGAAGUGGAGAGCAUGGCAAUGUAUGCGGGUCAGGGCGUUGGUCUGAUUCACCAAAUUCUACCCGCGGGUGAAGUGGUCCGUAGGCUUGUCACCGGAGCCCAACACUUGAUUUGUGAACAAGCUAAAAUGACUGCUUAAUUAUUUAUGCCAACCACUUCAUUAUAAAAAGUGUAAUUAACUACAAAAAUAUUAUUGUAAUUGAACCAAAUCGUUUUUAGUUAAGCUCUAUGCCAUUCAUUUUAGUUCAAUAACACCAUUUCAUUUAUAUUCUAAAUAAUUUAUCUUUGAUAAAUUGGUAAGGUUAUA